AUGAACAGAAGCAUAGCAGUACUCAUCAGCGUUAUCAUCAUCGUUCUAAUCAUCAUCACCAUCAAACUCCUCCGUCACAUAAUCCACCGUCACUUUUCCGACACCAUCACCACCACCACAACAACAUCACCAUUAUCAUCUCUACCACCACCAUCACCACAGCCACAGAUCAAUCACUCACCACCACCGCAAAUCCGUACACAUUCGCCACAACCAAAUCCCAAAUCAGAUCAACACAAUCAGGACCUUAUAAAUUCUUUACCUACUUUCAGAUUUGAAUCAAUCAAAGGAAUUCGUGAAUCUACAUCCUCCUUAUCUUCAGCAUCAACAGCAGCAACCACGACGGCCACACUUGAUUGUGCGAUUUGUAUUUCGAGAUUUGAGAAACAAGAUCAAUUGAGGUUGCUUCCGAGUUGUUGUCAUGUAUUUCAUUCUGUUUGUAUUGAUCAGUGGAUUUUGCUGUCGAAUUACAAUUGUCCGAUUUGCAGAUCUGAUGUGAAACUUUCAGUUGACGGUGAAGAUGAUGAUGAUGGAGAAUUGAAGAUGAUUUCGUCGUCUUCGAGAAGUUUCAGAAUUGAGAUUGGAAGUGUGAGUCGGAGUAGUAGAAUUGAGAUUGGAAGCUUCUCUGCCAGUGAUUUGCAGAAUCGGUCUUACUCGCUUGGAUCGUUUGAGUAUUGGGUUCAGGAUUUCGAUGCUGAGGUUUUCGUGGAAUUGGAAAGGAUUAAUGAGAAUCGAGCUCAAUCUGAUGAAGUUUCAGUUUCUGCUGGUGGCGCUGCUGGUGGUGAUGAAGCGGCGGAGAUUGUGAUUGAGGAUCCAGUUCCAGCUGAAUCUGAUGAAGCUGCGUCUUAUGCUAGAUCUCUGUCAUAUUCUUUGCAGUUUUCUGAUAGGUUUUAUGGUGGACAGAGGAGUGGUGGUGGAAUGGAUGAAGGCGGCGGCGGUGGAAGGGUUUGGGAUUUGGAGGGAAAUCGAUUUGGGGAAGAACUCUCUGGAUUCUUUGGUUUUCUCUCGAGGGCAUAA